AGAAAUUACAAGAAUAUGAAACCCAUUGCUUUCUUUCUCCCUCUCUGACGUCUUCAAAAUUUGUUGUUGCAUUGAGCAGAGUGAAAUAAAGAAGGAAUUUUUGAGUCUUGGCUAUAGAUUUUCUUCAUUCUGUGUUGCUAUUAGCUUGAGGGUGUAUCGAUUUUGAUAGUAUUAGACUGAUAUUUGGUCUCAAAUAAGGAGGUGUUUUCAUGGCGAUGGGACCAGAAAGAUCGAAACCUUUACAUAAUUUCACCUUACCAUGUGGGUUAAAGUGGGGUAACCAGAAGUAUUUAAGGUGCGUUAAGGUUGAUACGGAUGUCGGAGAAAUGUCGUCCGUUCAUCGGAGAUCAGAAUUGAUCCAACGGAGGAGACAACCGGAGCAAAAAUUCAGAUCAAUAAACGGUGAGGGAAUCGAAGCUGUGAGAGAGAAACUAAUGUUUGAUCUACAAACAGAAACUGAUAAAAUGAAAAACACGAUUUUGAAAGAAGGUUUAGAAUCUCCGGCGCCGGAAAAUGCAUCGGAAAAAGCUUGGAACUUGAGAACUCGACGUGCGGCUUGUAAUGAGCCUAACGGGUCGAAAAUUGAUGUUAAUAGAAGCAAUGGUUUGGUGCCAAUAAGGAUGGAGAAUAAUAAUAACAAUAAUAAGUCUUCAAGAUUUCGAAGUGAUUUUGCUGGUGGAGCGGCUUCUUGUAGUGGCGAGAAGAGAGAAAGGGUGAAGUAUUCGGUUCCCCUUUCGAGGAGAGAGAUUGAGGAGGAUUUCAUGGCGAUGGUUGGACAUAGACCACCUCGUAGACCCAAGAAACGAGCUAAAUUGGUUCAAAAGAAUUUGGAUACGUUAUUUCCGGGGUUAUGGUUGACGGAAAUUACACCUGACUUAUACAAAGUCCCUGAUGAUCAGUAGAUUGAAGAAAACAUCAGAUGAUUUACUUUCUGCAGAUGGGAAGUACAUUUUUUGUGAUAAACUAUGGUAUAUUUGCGACCGAUCAACUAGGGUAAUGGACUAAUGGUAGACUGCACCACCUGAAUUUGGAAAUUUGAUGAAAUCAUUGAAUUUCCUCUGUAACAGAAAGGGUGUAAACAACGCAGAAAUUUUAGCUGCUCUGGGUGAUGCAAUUUUUGUUUAACUGAUUCGAUUUGUUCAUGAUCUUAUCUAUUAUUGAUCAUUGGGAUAAGUUUAACACUGUACUGAUGUCGUUGGAUCAAAAUUAACGUUAGCUAAAUUUUUAAUGUUUCUAAGUGCAUUUGUCAAUGCCUAGUUCCUGUUGUCUGUAACUCCAAUGGUUUCUAUU